AAGAAAUGCUUUCGUACAAGCUCUAUCCAGGUUCACUUUAAUUACUGCGACCAGUGGCACGCAUAUUCAUGAAAUGAAAACGAAGAACAUGGAGACGAUCAAGACACUUCUUACCAUCGCUCAAACGGAUGGUAAUUACAUCGGGAAGUCUUGGCUCGAGAUACUGAAAUGCAUUUCCCAACUUGAAUUGGCUCAACUUAUCGGUACUGGUGUGAAAACGCGAUACCUUCACACGGCGUCCAGCGGUGUUACUAAUUCACCCACAGCAUUCAUCGCAAACAACAAGACAUCUUAUGAUAUAACCUCAGGUUGCUUAUAACAUUGUUGUGACGCU